AUGAAUCCCAAGUGGAGCGCAUCGCUGCAGUCGUUGCAGGCCAUCGACAACAUGGUGAGCUAUGCCAACAUGUCCUUCAUCGACUACGACAAGUUCAACGGCUACGAGAAGCAGCUGGAACGCCAAGCGUCCAUCAUGAGUCUCGCCGAGCAGACGCCGCCCUCGCAUCUCCCCAAGCUCCCCCUGCCCGCCACCCAUUCCCCCCCUCGCCUACCCCACACGCCCACUUCCAUCUGUUCCACCCAGGAGAGCACGCCCAGAACUGUCGUCAUGCGUCGCAAACGGAGCACCAGCUCCUUGGUCCAGCGACAGAUCUCGACAUCGUCCCGCAACAGCAGCCACAGUUUCUACAAUCUGGACACUGACUAUGAGCACAAUCUCGACAGGCGACAGAAUGUCUACCGAGAGAGUCUCGAUUCCCGCACCCUUGAGUUGUUGAAUCAACGCUCUCGCAAUUCUUACAUUCAGGAUCAACCUCUGCUCUUCGAUGCUCUCAAUCUGGAGGAUGGUUCGGCGAGUCGUCGCUGCGCUCUGUGUGCUCAGCCCGUGACUCGUGCGAAUAGCCUCAAGCGUGGUCCUCAGGAUUGCGUCGACAGCGCCGGGAAACCCCAAAAACAGGUGAGUUACUACUUGAGAUUACAUAUUAAAGAAAGUCUAGAAUUAGACUUGGACCUUUUUAAUAAUUAG